GUGUCUAUGCCUCUGCCACAACCUGCAACACUCAUCAGCCUGCCUUAAUCUCUGAUACCGCCUUUCAGAGCUUCUUCUGAAAUAAACUUUCUUCUGCUAACAGCUUUUUCCAGAUACCAAAAUCUGUUAGUUCUUUUUCAUCAAUAACUUGUUGAAGAAAUGGCCAACACAUCAGUGAAACCUGCUGCCUCUUUGCUUUUGGCCCUCAACUUCUGCAUGUAUGUCGUGCUCUUGGGUAUUGGUGGUUGGGCUAUGAAUCGUGCAAUUGAUCAUGGUUUUAUUAUCGGUCCAGGAUUGGAGCUCCCUGCACAUUUUUCACCCAUUUACUUCCCCAUGGGAAACGCGGCCACCGGAUUUUUCGUGACAUUUGCUUUAAUAGCUGGAGUUGUAGGUGCUGCCUCAUGCAUCUCAGGCUUCCUUAACCUACGGUCAUGGAGCCGUGAGAGCUCACCAGCUACUGUAACAGUUGCUACCAUUGCAUGGACUCUAACUCUCUUGGCUAUGGGCUUCGGGUGCAAGGAGAUCGAGCUUCAGUACAGGAAUGCCCGACUGGUUGCAAUGGAAGCAUUCAGCAUAAUCCUCUCCGUCACACAGCUCUUAUAUAUUGCAGCAGUUCACGGACCAUCUCCCUGAAAGAUUUGUCCAUGAAGAGUGGGAAAGAGAGAUUCUGAAGUCGUUUGAUUUUGCUGCCUUGUAAAGUUUCGUUAAUGUUUAUGAUUUGUGAUUACUCCAUUGAUUUUUAACAUUGAAUAAAAAAUAUCCUUCUGUGCAAAUGCAUAUUUUAUCAA